AUGAUUACUAAUAAAAAGAAUAGAACUUCAAAAAACAAAAAUUAUAUCAUAAAUGUAAAUUGUUACACGUGGAUUAAUAAUAGUCAUGGAUUAUUCGAUUAUGAGAGUGAGAAUUUUUAUAAGAAAUGUUUCAAGAUAAAAUGUUUAUACAAUUAUUAUUAUAUAUUAAAAGAUGAUAUAAAUGUGGAAAUAAAAAAUGAGGAAGAGAUAAGUAAUGUUAUGGGAAAUAAUAAUAGUUUAAAAUUAAUAUGUAAAAUUAAAUAUAUAAAUAAUAAUUAUCAACUAAUACCAUGUAUAGAAAAUAUAUAUGAUGAUACACUUAAUAGCGAUACGAAGGUGAACGAAAUAAAUGAAAAUAAUGACAUUAAUAGUAACAGUAAUAAUAAUAAUAAUAAUAAUAAUAUCAACAACAACAACAACAACAACAACAACAACAACAACAACAACAAUAAUAAUAAUAACAAUAAUAAUAACAACAAUAUUAACAACAAUAAUAACAACAAUAAUAAUAAUAAUAGUGAUAUGGAUAAUUUCUGGGUUAUUGUAAAAUAUUUAAAAAAUAAAAGUUCCAUAUUACAUGAAGAUGAUGUUAUUAAACUAGGAAGAGUUAAAUUAAAAAUAAAAAAAAUCAUAACAAAUGCACAACAAGAAAGGGAAUAUAAUAAAUCACAAUCUCCUUUUGAUGAUGAUGAAUGUGAAACAGUAGCACCCGAAACGGAGCAUUUGAACACGUCAACAAAUAAUAUUAUGUCUAAUAGUUACAUCAAUAGUAGUGUUAUAAAUCAUAACAUGAAUUUUACUAACAAUGUUCUAGAAGAUGAUAUAUGUAUACAUUGCGAGAAGGUAAUAGUAGAAAAUAGAGAUACUCAAGUUAAUCAUUCUAAUAUAGAAGAAAAUAUAAAUAAUUCUAAAAACCAUAAUACAAGAAAUACAAACCAAUUUAUGGCAAAUACCAAUGUUAAUGUACAAAUGAUUGAUAAUGAAAAUAUUAAUAACAUGAAUAAUUCUUAUUUAGAUGAUUUUUAUUUAUUUAAAAAUAAUACAUCCAAUUAUGAAUAUUCAAAUAAACAAAUGGGAAUAGAAAAUAAUAAUAAUAAUAAUAAUAUACACAAUGACUACGCUGAUGGUGCACAAACGUAUUCAAAUAAUAUAGAAAAUGCAAGUAAAAGGGAAAGAGAGCAAUCAAAAGAUAAUUUGGAGAAAAAACAAUUAAGAAUAAUAACAUCGGUUGAUAAUAAUAAUAAUAAUAAUAAUAAUAAUUUGGCUAUAGUUUCAAACAAUAUAAGAGGAAAUAACAAACACCCCAAUUCUGUCCUAAAAUUAUCCAAUAAUAAAGAUAACAAUAAUAAAGAUAACAACAACAAUAAUAAUAAUAAUAAUAAAACAAAUAAAUGCUUUACAGCUAAAAAUGUUACUUUAAAUAUUGAAGAAGAUGCAUGUAGAGACAUCAAUGUCGAGUUAGAAAAUAUGAACCCUAAUAAUGAUGAAAGGAGAAAUACUUCUGUAAGUAUACAUAAUAAUAAUAUGAUGGAAGAUAAUAUGAACGUAUUAAUCAAUAAUAAUGUUCAUAAUAAUAUUAUAAGUACAAAUUCAAAUGUUGUUAUUACAACGAAAUGUUGUUGUAAACAGGGUGGUAUGAAUGUGUUUAACCAAUGUAGUAACAAUAGUCCUAAUAAUUCAAAUAGUAUUAUUAAAAAAUAUAAAAAAGAAGACGUAUGUGAUGAUCUUAUAAAAGAUAUGUGUAUUCUUAAUGGAAAGGAAUUUCCUAAUCCCCCAAGUUUAUAUAAUUGUCGAAUAUGUUUAUGUGAAUAUGAAAAUGUGAAUAACCCAUUAAUAUCACCAUGUAAAUGUAAAGGAUCUAUGAAAUAUGUACAUUUAAAUUGUUUAAGAACAUGGAUGAGAGGACGACUAAAUGUGAGAAAUGAUUGUUCUUCUUGUUCAUUUUUCUGGAAACAAUUAAAUUGUGAGUUAUGUAAAUUUCCAUAUCCAACAUAUAUAUAUAUUCAAAAUAAAUACUUAGAAUUAUAUGAAAUACCUAAACCUGAAUUACCAUAUAUUAUUAUAGAACUAAUGAAUGAUAGAAAUAAAGGAUUUUAUAUUGUUAGUUUAGCAAAUACUAAAUGUGUUCGUAUGGGAAGAGGUCAUGAUAGUGAUGUUAGGGUUAAUGAUAUCUCAGUUUCUCGAUUUCACGCUUUAAUUAAAUUCCAUAAUGGAAAUUUCUAUAUAGAAGAUUGUAAGAGUAAAUUCGGUACAUUGAUCCAAAUACGAAAACCUGUAUUUUUUAAUAUCCGAAGAAAUAAAUUUAUAGCUUUACAAAUUGGUAGAACUGUUAUGUAUGUAUAUAUGAAAAGAAAAAAUUGGAUAUUCUUACCUAUAUGUUUAAAAUUAUCAAAAACAAAAGAUGAAGAUGUUAGUACCCUAGAUAAUUUCUCUUCAAAAAUGUUAGUAGAUAAUAAUAUGCAGGCAUCGAUUAAUAACAAUUUUGAGUAUAACAGAGAUAAUAAUAAUGAACUAUCUAAUAAUCAAAAUACAAAUCAAAUCCUCGAAAGGGUUAAUAAUCAAAUCAUAAAUAAUGAAUCCAACAAUUCAAAUGUUAAUGUUAAUAAUACCGUAAAUCAAAAUGGUAAUGUUCAUAUAAAUGUUACUAACAGUAUAUUAUUAGGAGGUCCAAAUAACAAUCAUCAUAAUAAUGAUGAUAAUAAUGAUGAAAAUAAUGCUAAUAUGUAUGAUAAUAUAUAUGAUGAUAAUAAUAAUAAUGAUUACAUUGUUGGUAGAGGAAAUAAUUUAAAUAUGUGUAAUAACAACAAUCAACAAAACAAUGUUAACAACCAAAUAAAUAUAAACAAUAAUAAUAAUAAUAAUAAUAAUACACAUAAUUCAAUUAACAAUAUAGAUGAAGCUAAUAUAAAUUUAAAUAGUACAACUAGCGAACAAAAUUUAACUCUCUCAAAUAUAUCUAUCAAUAAUAAUAUUAAAAAUGACCAAGCUCAUAAUAAUCAUAAUAAUAAUAAUACGAAUAAUGUGACAAAUGGAAAUAUAAGCAAUAAUGCAAAUUCAUAA